GCAUUAUUGAUGAAAUGAUAUUGCUGGUGUAGAAAAAAAGCCUUCUCUGCUUCUCUGACCAGUCUGUGUUGUGUACCAAAGGGAAAGCGAAGAUCUUCUCUACAAGAUUUUCCAUGGGUUUCUGAUUUGGCGAUUGGGUGCCGCACGGAGCUAAGGACCUUCCUAUCGAAUCAGAUAGUGGUGAAUGGGAGGACUACUUCUUAUAUGGACAUUCACAACCACCUUGCUUAUGGCUUUGAGCUUUCAUGGUUGAACUCAUAUUUCAACGAUGGGGAUCUCUGCUUCAUCAACUAUUCCAACGAGAUGCAAUGUGGUCCGUGGGAUUUGCCUCCACCAUUAAUGAUUUUCUUGGACAUAAUAUCCCUUUUAACACCACUUGGGCUGGCAGCACAUGCAUGACUAAAAUUUAUAUUGGGGACUCCAUUUGUAGUUGCUUUUUUAAUCUAUAAAUGGCGAAGGCGUCAUUUAUCAAUGUAUAAUUCUAUUGAGGAGUUUCUUCAUACACAAAAUAACCUCAUUCCUAUAAGAUACUCAUUCAGAGAGAUAAAAAAGAUGACCCGAAAUUUCAAGAACAAAUUAGGUGAAGGAGGUUAUGGUUCUGUAUUCAAAGGAAAGCUUCGUAGUGGUCGUAUUGUUGCAGUUAAGAUAUUGAGUAAAUCCAAAGGAAAUGGGCAAGACUUUAUCAAUGAAAUUGCUACAAUUGGAAGAAUUCAUCAUGUUAAUGUUGUUCAUUUGAUAGGCUUUUGUGUCCACUCCUCAAAACAUGCUCUUGUGUAUGAUUUCAUGGCUAAUGGAUCUUUGGAAAAAUAUAUAUUUUCUCAAGAAGGAGGAGUUAUCUCAUUAAGUUGCAAGCAAAUUUUUGAAAUUUCACUUGGCGUGGCACGUGGAAUUGAGUACAUGCACCAAGGAUGUUACAUGCAAAUUUUACACUUUGAUAUUAAACCCCACAACAUUCUCUUGGAUGAAAAUUUUAUUCCAAAAGUUUCUGAUUUUGGGUUAGCAAGAUUGUGCCCAUUAGGAAAUAAUACUAUGUCCCUAACUGCAGCAAGAGGAACCUUAGGAUACAUAGCACCAGAGCUAUUUUACAAAAAUAUUGGAGGAGUUUCUAAUAAAGCUGAUGUGUAUAGUUUUGGAAUGUUACUGAUGGAAAUGACAGGUAAAAGAAAAAAUAUAGACGCACUUGCAGAAAAUACUAGCCAAAUUUACUUUCCUUCAUGGGCACAUGAUCAAUUAAGUCAAGGAAAAAAUGUAGACGUAGCAACAACAGAUACAGAUGGCGAAAUUUCAAAAAUUAUAAAGAAGAUGAUUAUAGUAGCAUUAUGGUGUAUACAACUAAAGCCAAGUGAUCGCCCUACAAUGAACAAAGUCAUAGAAUUGCUUGAAGGAGAAGUUGAAUGUCUACAAAUGCCUCCUAAGCCUUCCCUAUGUGAAUUAGAGAAGCCGAUUGAGCAUGUCCAAGAAACAUUGUAUUCAGUUGAGUCAACAAUACCAUCAUUAACACUCCCAAGAUAAGUUCAAAUCUACAUCCAAACGAUUGGCAUUUGCAGCCUUUGCACUAUUUUUUAAAAAAAUUUUUUAUAGAUAUUGUUGGUUUUUAUCUUUGCUAUGUGCAAAAUAUUAUUGCAAGCUUGGAAGAAUUUUUUUUUUAUAGGUAAUUUGUGUGACAAUAAAUAAUAGAUUGAGUAGUUAAAUUAAUAUUUCAAAUAGAAGCAAUCAGUCAUAGUAUAUUUUAUUGUCAUUUGUGAUUUAUUUUUUCUAAUGUGUAAGUAUAUUUUGUUUUCUUGAUUUAACUCUGAUUUGUAGGAUUGAGAUCAAUUCUUAUAUAAAUAUCAUUUGAUGUAAAUUAAAUUCUAUAU